AUAGAUUCUCAGAGGAGUCAAAUAUUGUUUCUUCACAAGCUGAAUUGUUACUGCCUUUGUGUGUUCCAACAGGGAAUGAUGGCAGAUAUUCCGGAGAUCUUGAAAGCAAUACCUGAUGUGAAGGCUCAGAGAGUCUGUUGGGGAUGUCAAAUGUUAGAGCGAGUGGAAGAACCGUUUAAGGGGUGCUGCAACCGUUGUCAUGAUGAAGGAUUUAUUCCAGCACUCUUCUGCUCCCAAAACUGCUAUAUGAAGGCCUGGCCAAGACACAAAGAAUGGCACGAAGAAGCGGUACCGAAAAAGGAAAAGCUGAAACAAGAAAGCGAAUCUAUGCUCCGUCGUGGCAUUCAAUCCCAUUCGCAGUUUGUUAACCUUAUGAAUGCAGCUGCAGUGAGAGCGGUUGGCGGUGAUUUGAACGGUGGCAAGAAACUGCUCCGAAAAGCACAAAAGAUAGAUCCAAGUCGCGCAGAAACUAUCGACUUCAUUGCCUCAUGUUUCUUCUUGUCGGGGCAAGAUGAGGAGGGUAUAGCAUGCACCGUGGAAGCUUGUGGACGCUUUGCGUUGGCUGCUUUGACUGGAAACCGCGGAGCUGAAAGAAUUGAAGGAAAUCAAAUCACUGAGGUUUUGUGUCAAUGGGCUCACAACGUGGCCUUUCUUGGCCUUCUCUAUGCCAAACCCAAAAAGUUAUAUGCCGUCCAGAAGCCAACCUGGUGGUGCCACGAUGGACUGUUAAAGAGAAUCACAAAGGUGGGACUCGAUGCAUAUGCAGCCAUGUUGUCAGAUCCUGACGUGUUCAACACUCUGAUGGACCUUCGUGCCAUGGCUCUAUCAGGAUUUGAGUUUGACGAGUCUAUCCCUUCAAAUAGAACAGCUGAGGAGCUCCGGGAAGCAGCUGCACUCUUGUGGACCGUAUCCCAAUUUGACGCGUCAGUGCAUGCUCCUUUAUACAAAGCUCGGAGUGAACUCGUCAUGAAAGUUGCGGCAUUGCGGAGUGCAGAAGAGGGGAAAGCUUAUUGCAGUGCUUUAGAGAAAGGUGAAGCUGGCCUGUGGGUUGUUCUCUAUGGCCUCAAGUGUGAAACAGAAUCUCCAAUGAACAACAAAUUUGGCGUGGUUUGUGUGGAUGGGCUGGAAGAGGGCCGAGUUGCUGUGAAAGUGGAUGGCAUCAGUGACGCAAAGAGGAUUCCACCCAGGAAUCUAUGGGAAGUUCCGUUUUCCGAGCUCCAUGUAGCCCUUAUUUCAACUCUGGAUGAUACCACCCAGUGGAAGUAUAUCCGGGGCUCCAGAGAACUCAGCCUAGCUCGUUCCAUGGCGGAGCAGCGCUGACUGCUCUGAGGGACAGAGUGAAACUGCUUGUGCGCCGCGUAUAUGGAGUGGCGUGCAGAGUAUUGAAAUGGCUAUAUCGCCUAUAAGAUGUCCUAGAUGAAGACAAUUAGCUAUAAACAUCCUUCUAGCAUUAUGAAUACAAUGACUACC